AGCCCGGCCUGAGCCGUCAUGCUGUACGUGCUGCCCCCGCCGAGCGCGCCCGCGCCGCCGUCGCCCUGGGCCACCAUCCCGACGGCGCCAGGCAAGCGCCGGCGCAACGCCAGCAACCCCUGGCUGGCUGUGCAGCAGCAGCACCAGCAGCAGCACCAGCAGCCGCUGCCCGCCGCCGGCCGCCGCCCGCCCCCGCGCCCCGCCAAGGUCCACGCCCACGGAGCGGGCGGCGCCCUCGGCGUGAUCCACGGGGUGGUGCACGCCCCCAGCAGGGACUGCGCCUUACUGUCCGGCUGCGGAGCCUGCUCCCCUGAAGAUGACGGUGCCUCCCGCAACAGCAGAAGCUUGUCCGAGUGCUACUUCGCGGGCAAGGGCGCGGCGCUGGUGCUGCCCUGCCAUGACCGCCUCACCCGCACGGACCGCGCCGCCCGGUGCGACAUCCAGCAGCACCUGCAGUCCAUGUUCUACCUGCUGCGGCCCGAGGAGACGCUCAAGAUGGCGGUGAAGCUGGAGAGCGCGCACGCGGGCCGCACGCGGUACCUGGUGGUCGUGUCCCGGGAGGGCCGCACACACCACGAGGAGUCCUGCCUACUGGGCAUCGACUGCAGCGGAACGCCCGGCGGCACACCCAGCGGAACACCCAGCAGCGGGACGCCAGGGGGAACGCCCAGCUCGCCAAAUGCGCCGAUCGCAUCUACGGCGUCCACCGUUGGACUGGUGCUCCGCGUCCUCGCCGAUACUGCCAUCACCCUCGACGGCGAUGGUGGAUUCUGUGUGAGCGUUUGCGGACGUCAGCAUAUAUUCAAGCCUGUAUCUGUGCAGGCAAUGUGGUCUGCUUUGCAAACACUUUAUAAAGUUAGCUCCAAGGCAAGAGAGCGUAAUUUCUUUCUGGGAGGAAUGACUCAUGACUGGGUAGAAUACUAUGAAAAUCGAAUAGAAAGUGACCGUUCUUGCUUAAAUGAAUGGCAUGCAAUGGACAACAUUGAGUCUAGAAGACCGCCGAGUCCAGAUUCAGUUCGCAGCAAGCCUAGAGAAAGAGAAGAAACUGAGAGAGUAAUUCGUUGCACACUUAAAGAAAUUAUGAUGUCUGUUGAUUUGGAUGAAGUGACAUCAAAGCAUAUCCGAAGCCGCCUAGAAGAUCAGCUUGACAUGGAUCUCACAGAAUACAAAUCUUUCAUUGACCAAGAAAUGCUUAUAAUUUUAGGCCAAAUGGAUGCUGCUACAGAAAUCUUUGAUCAUGUUUAUUUGGGCUCUGAAUGGAAUGCAUCAAAUUUAGAAGAGCUACAGAAAAAUGGUGUACGCCACAUACUCAAUGUCACUAGAGAAAUUGAUAACUUUUUCCCCGGUAUAUUUGAUUACUUAAAUGUGAGAGUUUUGGAUGAUGAGAAAACUGAUUUGCUUAAACACUGGGAUAAUACGUUCAAAUAUAUUACAAGAGCCAGGGAAGAAAACUCCAAAGUUCUAGUCCACUGUAAAAUGGGAGUGAGCAGAUCAGCAUCUGUUGUCAUUGCGUAUGCAAUGAAGGCUUACAAUUGGGAUUUUAAAAGAGCCUUUGAGUUUGUUCGCCAAAAAAGGACUUGUAUUAAACCUAAUACCAGUUUUGUAUCACAAUUAGAAACUUACCAGGGUAUUUUAGAUGCAAUGAAGAAUAAAGAAAAACUUCAAAGGUCAAAGUCAGAAACAAACUUGAAAUCACCUGGCCUUGUGGCUAAAGCAGAGGCCACUUCUUCUGGACCGACAAACCAAAUGCGUAGAAGUGGACCAUCUGCUGCUGUCACCAUGAGUUCCUGUGAACCUACUGCAAUCAACAUUGGAACAACUCCCCCUAUGCUAUCAGAACCUAUCCCUGUGCCAGGUUUGGGCUCAGAACCGUCAGGAAAGGAACUUGCUAUUUCUGGAGGAAGGCCAAAGUCUUGGUCCCCUGAUAAUACACUAGUCUCAACUCUCUUUAGCCCACGACAUCCUGCUGGACCAACAUCAGUUUCUUUAGAGUAUCUCAACUCCGAUGGGAAUGCUACCAACUCUUCUGACAAAGAGGUUCUUGGCGAACAGUCUUGUACAACCUCAACAAACACUUCUGCAAAUGAAGCACAACGAACUUUAGGGGAGCCUGUUGUGACAAGAAAUUACAAUGGCAAUGUUAGGAUGCCUUGUGGUAAUGGUCUUAUGUAUAGUGUAUCCCAAAACAAAGUUGUUCAUCUCCCAGGUUCAAGUCCUGCUUCAGGAUCAUCUAGUCCUGCACCCCUCGUCAAACAAAGAGUGACACAACUGGAAACAGCUGCUAGAACUGGCCUUGGCCUAAAUUUUUCUGUUCAAAGUGAUCUAGAUUCUGGAGAAGCUGUACCUGUUGCAAUUGUUGACAACUCAGAAUGCAAGCCUGAAGAGCACCUGAAAUCAUCAACUCAAGAGGUAAUAACUGAAAAAAUGAGUGAAGAUAGUUCAUCAGAAAGGACUUCUAAUUCAAAGAAACCUGAUGAUCCUUUCUCAAACCAGCUUGAUUUGGUUUUUGACAGAGAGGAACAGAAACGUAAGGUGCCUAUUUCAUCUACAAUCAUAGAAGGUAUUCCGGAAGGUUCUAUAAAUCGAGAUUGUCCUUCCAGACAAAGCUCCUGGAGUUCAUAUGAUAGUGCUGUAGUUCUACGAGAAGCACCAUCCAGACAAAGUUCGUGGGGCUCUGGUGAUACCAGAUGGGGCACUCUGCCCUCUCGCAAUAGUUCAUGGGGCUCUUAUGACAUUCGGCCUGCCGCUUCUCUUAUUGACAAAGACGAUGCAACAUGGCAUCCUGGAACCGUCAGACGCACUCGACAUAAAAUUGAGGAGGGGAAAGAAGAUAAUGAUACAAGUCUGUCUACAUUGUCUACAACUACAUCUGCUUCACUACUGCUGCACACUCCCCGCCCCUACCGUGCAAGUUCAAAACCUUCUCAAGACACCAAAAUUGUGCAUUAUGCUAGCUCUCCAACAUUGUCUUCUCAUGUUGCAAGUGAAGAUGAUGUCCUAAACAUGCUAGGAUCCCCACCCACUGAUAAAAUAGCAGUGUCCCAGCCUAACAUCACAUCUUGCCUCUCUGUUAGUGCACCAGCUGCAACAUCUUGUUUAGUUGCUGGAAUGAGAUUUACCCCAAAGAGUGAAACUGUGACAGAACUCCCUGGAAAAGUAAAGAAUCUCAAGAAAGAGUUUGAAGCCAAGUCAGGAGCAGUUGUUGUUCCAGUGACAAAAGACAGUGCAGCACCAUCAGAGAAAGUACGUAGUCUUCCAUCAUCACCCGUUAGUAUUCAUCCUGAUAGAGAGUCUCAUCCUGCCACCACCAGCCCUCUUCACAGCCCAGCAUCAUCAGCAGAAGACCUUUCUGUCAAAGUACUUGUAGGAAAAUAUGAAGUUGGCAAGGUCUUAGGACCAGCCCCAGUGAAAAGGACUAGAAUUGUGUCCGAAAAUGAACUUCCCUGUAAAACAUCACAACCACCUAUUCCUCCUCGCAAGUCAAGCUUUGACGUACAAAAUAAUGCUACAUCAGUGCGACAUAAUUCAUUGUUAGUUAAUCAUUUAAAUUUAAGAAAUGGAGUUAGGGCUGGAGGAGGGUUACGAGUUGGCUGCCCUACACCUAACAAAGCCAUAUCUAAUAUUCCUAGCUCAAGUGUAGUUGUAGCAAGUGUUAUGGCUGUUGCAAACAACAAAAAACAGCAACAAGGAAAGACCCACCCUCUCGCAAGGCUAACACCGAUGAGCAAGGUUCCUCGACACACAUAUCCUGUGUACAAUACUAUGUGAUGGGAUUGUCGUAUGUUAAUGCUAGCCCAUGACUUGUUCUCUUACCUUUUCUGAAGGGCUGACACUCACAAGCUGCAAACUACAUGUUCACUUAACUACAAAUUUCAUACUCAAUAAUUUUGCUUCAAAAUUUUUUUUAUUCUUAUAUUGACUUUUGGCUAAAGUAAACAAUCUUACUCCCACCUGUGCCAAGUGUGCUCCUGGCUCUGGCUAAGUGGAAUAAAUAGUGUUUAUUGCAACGUGUUGUGAUGUACUGCUUGUGAACAAGUGCAGUUCCUAUUGUGAUGCACUCAUGCAGAGCAGAGUAGUGCUGUGUGUCUCAUCAUUUCUUGAUGAGCAGAAAAAUCAGCAUUGACAUUUGUAGACAUUUUAAAUGAUUCUUAUUUAAUGCUUACCAAGGUACUGAUCUCUUUUUCUAAAUCACUUGUGCCAUUAGAAGUAACCUGUUAUUUAAUAGCAUUACUCUGCACCAAACUCUAGUUCCCCUGGAAGUAUGAAUAUGGUAAACCCAGCUGACAUAUUUCCACUUUGCUUUCAAACCUUAUGAAGUAUACUGGAGUAUAUUUGCUGAAGAUUUCUCUCUCCUGUGAUUUUUAUCUGUAUCAUUUUGUUGCAGUACCAGGUACUUUAGUUUGUGUAUUUUCCAAUCUGGGGGAAUAGAGAUCCAAGUGGAAGCAUGAGCGUACCACUGAAAUGAUAGAGGGCCCUGCAAACAUUGUGAUAUCUUUUGUUUCUGUGUUAUUGUGUACUCUAGUUAUGUAUUUAUAUGCUAUGUGAUUUGAAUAUUCUUGGGUUGAGUGGCCCAUUGGCAUCACAGUCACCAAUAAAAUAUUUUUUUAUAAAUUGUAUUGAAGGUCAUUACCUCAAACAGAUAAUUAUUUCUGUGCUUUUUAGUGAAACCUGAACUCAUUUUGUGCACAAAACGCUUGCAAGCAGAAAUAUGUUUCCAGCUUAAUUGUGUAAUCCUUGUUAGUGUUUUGAAUACUUUUUGAGGCCAGUGACUGUGGUCCGUCUAGUUUUUAUUAAAUGCCGUCUUAUGGUUUAUAAUCAUUAUCAUGAUAGAUCUUUGUAAGUCUGUUAUUUGCGUAGUUGAAAGAUGAUUAUAGAGGGUUGCCUGUAAAUGUAUUUCUGAUGACUUGCAACAUUGCAUGUGGAGCACCAUUGUGUAUUAUCUUCUAAAUAAUCCUCCCCCUCUUUGGCCCAGUUCUGAGACAUGGUUUAGGGAGGAAUUACUCACUGGUGCUCCCAGCCAUUGUAAAACUCAUUACUUUGUGAGGGUUUUCCAUUAUAAUGACAUGAGAAUUUUGAGUCUGAUUGUAUCUCUCUUCGUCGUGAACCCAGUCUUAUGGUUUGGCUAUUGAUUUUACUUCAUUUAACUUUCCCUUUCUCAAUGCUUAUUUCACAGAAGUAGUUUUGUUUGACUGAAAUUAUAGUUCUUAGCUAAGGGAACCAGAAAUCUAAGUUUUGCUUUACUUUGCUCAUAGAUAUUUUUCCUGCCCAUGACUUUCGACAAUAAACCCUCUGUCAUUGUUUUAUUUAAGGAUUUUACUGACUUAAUGUUAUAGACUGAAUAAAUCAUUCUGAUAUCAUUUGACCCUUGUCUUCUGAGAAAAUACUAUUUUCUUUGGUAACACGAUAAACUCAACUGCUAUGCUAUAUAUAAAGGACUAAGUGAAUUGUUUAAAAAAAUUGUCUGGCAAUUGGCUUUAAUUUUACUGUUGUCAUUUAUCUUUUCUAUGUCUUGUUCUAUUAUACAUCUGCCACAAUUAUGUUCAAAUUAUGUGUUCAUCCUGUGCUAUUAGUCUAUUGGCUUCAGAAAUUUUCCUUAAAGUUUUGUGUUAUUUUUAUUGUAAGUGUUCAGAAUCAGGUCUUUAUUAUUUUACUAAUCUAAGUACUCCUAUAGACAUGAAAAAUCCCAGACAAAAGAAAACCUAUUUCAGUAAAAUAUGGUAGAACCCAAUGUGAAAUUAAAUGUUUUGAUUCUUCUCUUAGUAAGUCAUAUUGUGGGCUGAAAAGGGUAUGCGUACCUGAGAUAGUAUGAGAAUGAGAGUUCUACCCAUGUGUAUGCCUGUGUGUGUGUCUUACAUGGUCUUGAGUGAUUGGCUAAAUGAGUGCUCUUAGCAAAAAUCUUGCUGAAUUUCUAGUCCAGCUGUGCGAUUCUUGUCCUGUCAUGUGUUUUCUUACCCACUUGCAUAUCGUAAGUUCAUAUUUCUACAGAAAGUUUCUGUCUUCAAAUUAAGUCUUCUCACAGAAAAUUAAAAUUAUUUUUGAAACUGAUUUCUUUUUCAUUGAAAAUAAAUGUAUAAAAUUUAUAAUUGAGUAACAAUGUAACUUUACUUACUAAUCUGAAGCAAGAAUCCAACCAAAAUAUGCUUCAAGUUUCUGAUAUCAGUGCCCAAACAAAAAAGAAUAGGAAAUAUGUGAUAAAUUUUCUUAGAGCCCUCUGUUCUCAGCAAAUGUAAGUCUUUUUCUUAUCAGUAAUGGAAAGGUCAUUUCUUUCUCUUCUGUGACAAUAGUCAGUUCCCUAUGAAUAUGAGAUCCAUAGUUUGUAAUUGAUGGUACAGCGCUCUCAAAGCCGCUUAAGUGUGUAAAAGUGUGCCGAGUAAAUUUAAGAUCUGUUGUCCUUUAAGUAUUUUGUACCAUAAUAGAUUGUAUGGAAUAUUGUAACUUACAUUGUUUAUUUGCUUCUUGUGUGUUGUUUUUAUUAUUACUGUUAGUCUCCGUGAUCAAAUAAAAUUUAAUUGAAUUUAA